ACAGUGGAAACCGUCAUCAACAUGAAGGAGAGAAGCGCGGGCAAAGUUUCAUAUUUUUGCGGUUUACAUAUUUUCUCUGCUUCAUUUCUCUGUUAUUAUUUGUAAUCCAAUUCCUCAAAAUCAAAGCCCUAGAAGAAUCAAUUACCCAAUCAGAAAUGGGCAACAUAAUGACAAUGAUGAACAAGGAGCCACCGCCUCCGAUGGUUCUUGUCCCGCCCCUUUUCGAUUUUCCGCCCCUCGCCGCCCGCACCAGGAUGCUGGAGUCUUCGUAUAAUAUAUUAUUUGGGAAGCUAGCACUGAGAAGUUUGUUUGAGGAUUAUUUUGAAGAAGCAAGACAUUUUAGCACCAGAAUUAUGUUGAAACCAAUUGAUGAUCCUCAUGUCGAUCUCAUUGCUACUGUAUCAGGUCCAUUAGAUCAUAAUCCGGAUGAAAAUAUUAUAGGAAAUGCUUUGUUUCGCUGGCAAAGUGGUUUGGAUGAUCCUCAUACAUUUAUGGAUUUAUUCGUGUCAACCUUGGAUCCGGUUUUUCAAGUGCGCUCUUCUGCUUAUUAUCCUCGUUAUGGUGUUGGAGCAUUUGGCAUUUUCCCACUCAUUUUGAAAAAUCGAAUAGCUUCUAAUGAAUUUGGUAUCAUGGGGCUCAGAUAUGGGUCAGGAAAUUUAUCAUUUGGAGCCACAGUUAGGCCUUUUUCUGUAAAAGAUGAGUUGCCAAAGACUGCUUGGCUUGUAAGCAAGAUGGGAAGGCUGACUGCUGGAGUACAGUAUGAGCCACAAGGUGGAAACAAAGAUAUCGCUAACUUUAAGAAUUUGAUGAACUGGAGUGCUGCAAUUGGCUAUGGAGUAGGAUCUGGAAGCCCCUUGAGCCCUUCUUUUAAUUUUUGCCUAGAACUUGCAAAAAGUUCUCAGUUCAUUGCCUCAUUUUACCAACACGUGGUGGUUCAGAGACGGGUCAAGAAUCCGUUUGAGGAAAAUGAUAUCGUUGGAAUCACAAAUUAUAUUGACUUCGGUUUUGAGCUACAGACAAGGGUCAACGAUGUUGGAGCACCGAACAAUAUCCCGGAUUCUUCCUUUCAAGUAGCUGCAUCCUGGCAGGCCAAUAAAAAUUUCUUAUUAAAGGGGAAAGUGGGACCUCUAAGCUCAACGUUGACAUUGGCAUUCAAGUCAUGGUGGAAACCCUCAUUUACUUUUAAUGCAUCAGCUACAAGAGAUCGCGUUAUUGGAAAGACAUCAUUUGGAUUUGGCAUCCAAGUUGAGAAUCUUAGAGAAGCCAGUUAUCAAAGAGCUGAUCCGAAUUUCGUGAUGCUGACACCAAGCAAGGAGCACUUGGCAGAAGGCAUCCUUUGGAAAAUUGGAACAAGACCGAUGCUUGAAUCUGAUGUAAAUGCAGGAAAUUUUGAGGCUUUGCCAAGGGAACUGAGACCACUAGGAAAGAUUUUGUAAUCUUUUGCUUCAAUUGUUGCUUUGGUUUAUUCAAGUAGAUAACAAGAAAAAAAAAAGAAUUACGGGGAAGGAAGGUUUCUUCGGCGAGAUCAAUAUUCCAGUUUCCUGUAACUUAAGAGGACUCUGCUUUGCACAGUUUUGAUCGAUCAUGCAGAUAUGUCACCACAGGCGUUUCUAUAGCACAGGGGAUUUGAUUUCCUGACCAACUGUUUUUAUUUGUUGAUCUUUGAGCAAAGCUUUGCUGUAGACAUGGUGGAUCAGAAAUAGAGUGCAAUAGGCUACACAAAGUGUAAAAUAUUGCAGGAACUGGUCUAGCAUGUUCUUUGGCAAAUGACUAGUUCUACAUGGUAUGUAAUUAAAUGAAUAAUUGAAUAAACAUUUUGACUGGCUGUUCUCCUCA